UCGCCGCAGACCGGUGCGCCCCCUCGGGCGUCUUCCCGUGCCUUCUCGCCCUCCCCCGCCGCCUCCGUCUUCCCCUCACGCAUAACACCAGGUGUUCGGCGUUAUUUCUGUACCGGGCCCCACGAGCCAUGACCCACGCGGUUCCCUUCAUCAGACGGAGGUUUUCGUUCACGCAAACCAUGUUCACCGGAAACACCGGUGUUGUGCGUAAACACUACGCGUAAAGAAAAGCUCGUUGCUAUAGAUAUAUCAACCUACUAUCCCUUCACCCUUCUUCCUGCGCUCUCUCGUCCUCUCUGCCUUUCUUUCACUGAUCGAGGGUUUUCUGAAAGGAAGAAGACUUUGAGUUCAUGUGACAAGUUCAUAUCAAGUCUUAUGAGAAUUUAUAUUUUUGCCAUUUGGAUUUGGACCCACAGCUGUGAGGAAAUUUUUUUGGUACCAGCAGCAAGAUGAAUGGAGAAGAUCGUGUUCCACGGCCUCUAUUUGGGGGCGCCAUAUCUAGUUGCUUUCCUUCAAGGUUUCAGGAUGUAAGCAACAUACGGGAAGUCCCCGAUCAUCAGGAGGUGUUUGCAGAUCCCGAUCGGGAUGAGAGCCUUAUUUUUGAGCUACUAGAUCUGAAACACGAGGUUGGAGACGGUGGAAGCGCUGUUUGGUUCCUGCAGGACAUUGCCCGUGAACAAGAUGCUGAAGAAACCAUGGUCCUUGAGCAUUCUGGCACUCUUGAGGCUGUUGGUUUAACUAGCCUAAAUGGACCUGCAUUAGUUACAACUGCCAUCGGUCAAAUGGCCAUUGCAAAGGGAAGGCAAGGAAGAGAGGCACAGAAUUUGGUUAGGGUAUAUCUGGCAAAUUUGCGUCUUAAGGAAGUUUCGACUGACGUGGUGAUCACUGCAUAUGAGCCUAUUUUAAUAAACCCAUUGAGUGAAAGUGCAAGGACCGUAAGAGCUGGUCUGGCCAUACCUGCUGUGCAGGCUGGAUGCCUCCCGAUGGCUGAAGUCUUCAAACUUGCUAUCACAAGCUUCAAGAUCCAUGAUUGGAGUCUUUUUGGCUCUGGAGCCUGACACAUCUCCAUCACCAACGUAAAGAAGGCAUAAGUUGAUGAACUAUUUCUCACUGGUUGGAGUUUUGUGAAGGAUGUCUGUACCUUUGGUUCUGGACUUCAAGAGGUUCCUCCAUGUCAGAGCUUUCAUCAAAAACUAGUCAGGUAAGUCGUGUGAAGCUAAAUACAUGUAGUCCAACUUUUUGCUCUCUUAUCCUGAUUGUAAGUUGCAAAUCAUUGUUUAGAGUCGGAAUUUGGCAUCAUCUGGUUUUUAUGUUGAUUGGAAAUCCACAAUGUUCAAUGACCAACACAUGUAUAACUUGGAUGUCUCCUUGGGCAUCCAAACACCCUAAUACUUUCUGUUACCAAUAAUUAAUUUGAAUGGCUGCAUGGAAUUUCCAUGCCGGAGCCGAGAAUCCAA